AUGGCAGCACCACCAAGAUCACCCACAUUCACAGAGUUCAUCGUCUUCCGCCUGAAGCCAUCCGUCAAACCCGAAGAAGGCGAGAGUAACCGCGAAGGUGAGCAACUGCUCGACUUGUUCCGGGAAACGAUGCUUCAAAGCGGGCAUUUGGGAUCUGCCUGGGGACGAACGUUGGAGGAUGAGAAUAUCGUUGUUUGGGUUAUCGAAUGGGCUGACUCGAGCAACUCCACGCCCCUCUCUCGCCUCGAGCCUUUCAUCGAUUACACAAAAAGCGACGACCCAACGACCUUACUCACAUUCUACUCCACCUUGUCCCCCUCCAUCUCCGAUUCAGACACCCUGACCACCAAUCCUGUCACCGAACUCGUUACCUUCGCCGCACCCAGCGACAUAUCCCCCGACCAACACAAACAAUUCAACAACGACCAAGCCGCGUUCCGAGAAGCUUUACUCACCAAAGUAACACCGGAAAGCGCAAGACCCAUAACUUGGGCGAGAGGGCAGGUCGAGAGACCCACGGUGUUUGAGCAUCAGGAUAGUCCGUCGGGUAAGGCUUUAGUGUAUUUGAAUGCUGUCGGGUGGAAGAGUAGGGAGCAUCAUAUGCAGGCUAGGGACACGAAGGUGUUUGCGGAGACGAUUGAGCCGGUGCGGAAACAUAUUCUCACGCCUGUGAGAGGGUUGGAGAUGAAGCAUGUCAAGUUCCAGAAGAUCGGUUUCUAA